GGGCGUUGCUCACAACAUCUUCUGCAGUCUGCACUAAAGGUGAAAAUCAUGGCUGCCGCAGUUGUCAGAGCUAUCGGAUCUAACCUUGGCAGAAAUCUUCGGGAGGUUCGCUUACAUUUUUGUCAGACGUCGCCAGCGAGUCAAGGGGCAAGGGACUUCGUGGAACAGCAUUACGUGACUUUAAAGAAAGCAAAUCCCGAGUUUCCCGUUUUGAUCAGGGAAUGUUCAGGAGUCAAGCCUAAACUCUGGGCUCGGUUUGAGUUUGGUAAAGAAAGCAGUGUGGCACUGGACAAUAUGAACAUGGACCAGGUGGCAAAGGCAUUAGAGGGGCUUGUUAAGGUCAAAGCAUGACAGGUCAUACUGCAUAAGAUGAUCUCGACCACGUGACAUUGUAUGUCAAAGAUUAAAGAUAUUUGUAUCACAAUGUGAAAUUUCUUAAUCUCCUCUCCUGUGUAAUAAAUCUGCUGGUAUAUCACA